GAAAGCCAAUAUUUUCAGUGGACAUUCACCCAGAUGGGACCAAGUUUGCAACAGGAGGACAAGGUCAGGAUUCUGGGAAAGUUGUGAUCUGGAAUAUGGCUCCUGUCCUGAAAGAGGAAGAUGAAAAGAAUGAAAAUAUUCCCAAGAUGCUUUGUCAGAUGGACAAUCACUUAGCUUGUGUGAACUGUGUGCGAUGGUCAAACAAUGGAGUUUACUUGGCUUCAGGGGGAGAUGACAAGUUGAUUAUGGUGUGGAAACGAGCUGCGUACAUUGGACCUAGCACUGUGUUUGGUUCUAGUAGCAAACUUACUAAUGUUGAACAGUGGAGGUGUGUAUCAAUUCUUAGAAGCCAUUCAGGGGAUGUCAUGGAUGUAGCGUGGUCUCCCCAUGAUGCCUGGCUGGCAUCCUGUAGUGUGGAUAACACUGUUGUCAUCUGGAAUGCUGUCAAAUUUCCAGAAAUUCUUGCCACUUUGAAGGGGCAUUCUGGCUUGGUGAAAGGGCUGACCUGGGAUCCUGUUGGAAAAUAUAUUGCCUCUCAGGCUGAUGAUCGAAGUUUGAAGGUGUGGCGGACCAUGGACUGGCAGUUGGAAACCAGCAUCACAAAACCCUUUGAUGAGUGUGGAGGGACAACUCAUGUGUUGCGUCUUAGCUGGUCACCUGAUGGUCACUAUCUUGUUUCUGCUCAUGCCAUGAAUAAUUCUGGACCUACUGCUCAGAUCAUUGAGAGAGAUGGAUGGAAAACCAAUAUGGAUUUUGUAGGGCAUCGGAAAGCAGUUACAGUAGUGAAAUUCAAUCCAAAAAUCUUCAAGAAGAAACAAAAGAAUGGUAGUUCCACCAAGUCAAGUUGUCCCUACUGCUGUUGUGCUGUUGGUAGUAAGGAUCGAUCCCUUUCUGUCUGGCUCACAUGUCUGAAACGUCCUUUAGUUGUCAUACAUGAGCUGUUUGACAAGUCUAUCAUGGACAUCUCCUGGACCCUUAAUGGACUUGGUAUCCUGGUGUGUUCCAUGGAUGGAUCGGUGGCGUUUUUGGACUUUUCCCAGGAUGAACUUGGAGAUCCACUCAGUGAGGAGGAAAAGAGCAACAUUCAUCAGUCCACCUAUGGUAAAAGCCUAGCUAUAAUGACCGAAGCUCAGUUGUCUACCACCAUUAUUGAGAAUCCAGAGAUGCUCAAGUACCAACAGAGACAGCAACAGCAGCAGGUGGAGCAGAAGAAUGCAUCAAUUAGGGAAGCAUCUGGGACUGCGACAGCAGCUCCCAAAGUGGCAAGCAUGGUGAAUGGGGAGAGUUUGGAGGACAUUAGAAAGAAUCUCUUAAAAAAACAAGUUGAAACACGAACGGCAGAUGGUCGGAGACGGAUCACACCUCUCUGCAUAGCUCAACUGGACACUGGGGAUUUUUCUACAGCAUUUUUCAAUAGCAUCCCAAUAUCUGGAUCUCUGUCUGGCUCAAUGAUGUCUUCUCAAAGUAACCAGCAGCUCAUGUCAUUAGAUUCUAACGCAGUAAAUUCCCUUAAUACUUCAAAGCCUUCUGUAGAGCCAACAGCAGCCAGUAUAAAACCAACAGAUGAUGCAGCCAAUAAAGAUGGUGUAAAUGCUACCUCUGCCUCAACUGCUCCUUCUGCAUCGUCUUCCUCUGUGUUGACAACUCCAUCCAAGAUUGAACCUAUGAAAGCAUUUGAUUCUAGAUUUACAGAACGAUCCAAAGCCACCUCAGGGACUGCUGUGGUAACAAAUACAAAUCAGACUGUUGUGGACAGACUGAAGGAUCAGAAUUUAAUUAAAGACAAUAAGCCCAAGGAUAUUCUGGAGAGCAGCAGUGACAGUGAAGAGAAGAUUCCAGCUGCUAAACCACUCAGUGCACCCAAACGGAAACUGGAACUUGAGGGAGAAACGGUAGAAAAGAAGAAAAAAGGAAGACCUCGAAAAGACUCCAGACUUGUACCAGUAACUUUAACUGUUCAGUCCCCAGCUACACUGGCCUCUGAGAGGGAUGCUGCUUGCAUCUCUGCACCAGCAUUAGCACUUAAGCUGCCAACGCCAAUCCCACAGAAAUCAUUUACUUUGCAAAUAAGUUCAGAUCCAUCAAUGUACCUUGAAGUGGAGAAUGAAAUGACCACAGUGGGAGGUUCAAAGCUGAGCAGGCUAAAGUGUAAUCGAGAAGGAAAGGAAUGGGAGACGGUCCUCACCAGUCGAAUUCUCACUGCAGCGGGAAGCUGGUAAGAGAGUAUAUUUUG